AUGCUGCUCGAAGUUAUCGAUGCGGACUUCCAAGGUCUGUAUAAUUUCUUCUAUCUGCCUAUUGACUUCAAGAAUAAAUGCAAUGUUGGAUAUGCAUUUCUGAAUUUCAUUGAACCCUAUUAUUGUGAUCUGUUCUGGAAAAAAUUUGCCGGUAGAAGAUUGACUGGUUUCCGAUCACGAAAAGUUUGCGAUGUUUCAUGGGGGAGGGUUCAAGGAUUGAAAAGUAACAUUGAACAUUACCGGAAUAGUUCUAUUAUGUCAUUACCAUGCCAAGAAUAUAAGCCACUCCUGUUUAAGAAUGGGGUUAUAGUUCCUUUCCCUCCCCCAAACUCUCAACAGAAACAUAAACAAGAAACCCCAUCUACACCCAACUAA